CCAUUGCACUGAGCCUCGGGCCGGGCUGGCGCCAGUGAGAGCCAGGUGGGAGAAGAGUAAGCGAGUUAGGGAGUGAGCCAGCUCCCCUGGCCCGGCCACCUGUCGCACAGCAGCCACCUACCCUGGGGGGACUGCGAAGCUUCUCACUCCCUGCCUGCUCCAGGCGAGGAGACACACCUGGGACCCGCACUGCGGUCUGCUCUGCUCUGCAGCCGCCGCCGCCGCCCGCUGCUGCUCAGCACCAGCCCGGGGAGCCCGGGGGAGCCGGGGCGGGGGUUUCGAGGCCAGCCCGCUGAGCUGCUCCCGCUUCGCUAGCCCCGACCCGGCCAUCUCCCCCUCCUCUCUGAAGGCCGCGGAAGCCAGACUGAGAGGGAGGAACUGGGUGGGGGGAAGGGAGGGGGAUGUAGAGGAACCUACUGCUUGCUGCUCUCUGGGAGAGAGGAAGGAGAGAAAGGAGGUGGUGGUGGUGGUGCAGGGGGUAGAGAGGAAAGCCAGCUGGAGAGGGAAAGGCACCGAGACACAAGGGAGGUGGCUGCCUGGCUCCCUCUGACAGCCCAACAUGGUCGCUGCGCACGCUGCCCAUUCUUCCUCCUCCGCAGAGUGGAUCGCCUGCCUGGAUAAAAGACCUUUGGAACGAUCCAGUGAAGAUGUGGAUAUUAUUUUCACACGACUUAAAGAAGUUAAAGCUUUUGAGAAAUUUCACCCAAAUCUUCUUCAUCAGAUCUGUUUAUGUGGUUAUUAUGAGAAUCUGGAAAAAGGAAUAACAUUAUUUCGUCAAGGUGAUAUUGGAACAAACUGGUAUGCAGUACUGGCAGGAUCCUUGGAUGUUAAAGUAUCCGAAACGAGCAGUCACCAGGAUGCAGUGACAAUCUGUACUCUGGGAAUUGGAACAGCAUUUGGAGAGUCGAUUUUGGAUAACACUCCCCGCCAUGCUACCAUUGUUACAAGAGAGUGCAGUGAACUCCUCCGCAUUGAACAGAAAGAUUUUAAAGCACUAUGGGAGAAAUAUCGGCAGUAUAUGGCAGGCCUUUUGGCUCCUCCUUAUGGUGUUAUGGAAACCGGCGCUAACAAUGAUAGGAUGCCUGACAAGGAGAAUGUGAGUAGCAGCAAUCUCUGCUCAGCUUCUAAAAACUGUAAUAAGACACCCCUCAUAGAACCUCACGUUCCUCUACGUCCUGCUAAAACCAUUACCCAGGUCCCUUCAGAGAAGAUCCUCAGGGCUGGGAAGAUUUUACGAAAUGCUAUCCUUUCCCGAGCACCUCACAUGAUAAGAGAUCGAAAAUACCAUCUAAAGACUUACAGGCAAUGCUGUGUGGGAACAGAAUUGGUCGACUGGAUGAUACAACAAACUCCGUGUGUUCAUUCCCGGGCACAGGCUGUUGGCAUGUGGCAAGUUCUAUUAGAAGAAGGUGUUCUCAAUCACGUGGACCAGGAACACCAUUUCCAAGAUAAAUAUUUGUUUUAUCGAUUUCUGGAUGACGAGCAUGAGGAUGCCCCUUUGCCAACGGAGGAAGAAAAGAAGGAAUGUGAUGAGGAACUGCAGGACACCAUGCUGCUCCUGUCGCAGAUAGGACCUGAUGCACACAUGAGGAUGAUCCUCCGGAAACCGCCUGGCCAGAGGACUGUUGAUGAUCUGGAGAUUAUCUAUGAAGAACUGCUUCACAUUAAGGCCUUAUCACAUCUUUCCACAACAGUGAAACGCGAACUAGCUGGGGUUCUCAUCUUUGAGUCUCAUGCCAAAGGAGGGACCGUAUUGUUUAACCAGGGAGAAGAAGGUACCUCCUGGUAUAUUAUCCUAAAAGGAUCAGUGAAUGUAGUCAUUUAUGGCAAGGGAGUGGUGUGCACCCUGCAUGAAGGAGAUGACUUUGGGAAGUUAGCCUUGGUCAAUGAUGCACCACGUGCUGCCUCCAUUGUUUUACGAGAAGACAAUUGCCAUUUCUUAAGAGUGGACAAAGAAGAUUUCAACCGGAUCCUAAGGGAUGUUGAGGCGAACACAGUACGACUCAAAGAACAUGACCAAGAUGUCUUGGUAUUGGAGAAGGUCCCAGCAGGAAACAGAGCUUCUAAUCAAGGAAACUCACAGCCUCAGCAAAAGUACACUGUGAUGUCAGGGACACCUGAGAAAAUUUUAGAGCAUUUCCUAGAAACAGUACGCCUUGAGCAACCUUUAAGUGAAACAACAGAUUCAGUUUUAAAUGACUUCAUCAUGAUGCACUGUGUUUUCAUGCCCAAUUCCCAGCUUUGCCCAGCUCUGGUGGCCCAUUACCACGCACAGCCUUCCCAAGGUACAGAACAGGACAAAAUGGAUUAUACCCUCAACAACAAGAGGCGAGUCAUCCGCCUGGUCCUCCAGUGGGCAGCUUUGUAUGGAGACUUACUGCAAGAGGAUGAAGUUGCAAUGGCCUUCCUAGAGGAGUUUUAUGUAUCUGUAUCAGAUGAUAGCCGGAUGAUUGCCACUCUAAAGGAGCAGCUUCCAGAAUUAGAAAAGACAGUCAAACAAAUAUCAGAAGACGCCAAAGCUCCACAAAAGAAGCACAAAGUUCUUUUGCAACAGUUCAACCCCGUUGAAGACAGAACACAGAAACGCCAACCUGUCCGGGGAUCUGAUGAAAUUCUGUUUAAAGUCUACUGCUUAGACCACACUUAUACCACUAUCCGCGUGCCUGUGUCAGCUAAUGUGAAAGAAGUCAUUAGUGCCGUGGCGGACAAACUGGGCUCUGGAGAAGGACUGAUAAUAGUCAAGAUGAGCUCCGGAGGAGAAAAGGUGGUGCUCAAACCUAAUGAUGUUUCGGUAUUUACAACGCUCACUGUUAAUGGACGUCUGUUUGCUUGCCCGCGAGAGCAAUUCGAUUCACUGACACCUUUGCCAGAACAAGAAGGUCCAACUACUGGAACAGUGGGAACUUUUGAACUGAUGAGUUCCAAAGAUUUGGCAUACCAGAUGACGAUUUAUGAUUGGGAACUCUUCAACUGUGUGCAUGAGCUGGAGCUAAUCUACCACACAUUUGGAAGGCACAAUUUUAAGAAGACCACUGCAAACUUGGAUUUGUUCCUAAGGCGGUUUAAUGAGAUUCAGUUUUGGGUAGUCACCGAGAUUUGCCUUUGUGCCCAACUCAGCAAGCGAGUUCAGCUUCUAAAGAAAUUUAUUAAGAUAGCAGCCCACUGUAAGGAGUACAAAAAUCUGAAUUCCUUUUUUGCCAUCGUCAUGGGACUCAGUAAUGUUGCUGUGAGCCGCCUGGCACUAACAUGGGAGAAACUUCCAAGCAAGUUCAAGAAGAUCUAUGCUGAGUUUGAAAGCUUAAUGGAUCCAUCCAGGAACCAUCGGGCUUAUAGGCUGACUGUUGCCAAACUGGAUCCGCCUCUCAUUCCCUUCAUGCCCUUACUCAUUAAAGAUAUGACAUUUACUCAUGAGGGGAACAAGACGUUCAUUGACAAUCUAGUAAACUUUGAAAAAAUGCGCAUGAUUGCUAACACGGUCAGAACGGUGAGGUACUGCAGGAGCCAGCCCUUCAAUCCUGAUGCAGCUCUUGCUAAUAAGAACCAUCAGGACGUCCGGGGUUAUGUCCGACAAUUAAACGUGAUUGACAACCAGAGAACAUUAUCGCAGCUGUCACAUAGAUUAGAGCCUCGUAGAGCAUGAACAUUUAAAGGGACUAAAACAACGAUUCAUUUCCGGUCUACUAUCUGUUAAAAAAAAAAUGCCAUUUCUAUUACAACUAUACUGCCAUACAGAACUUUACAAAACAAACAAAAAAUGAGUGAAAACAAUCCCUGGGCAGUGCCCAGCACCAGCUACAUGGCAAUGAGGCCAGUGUGGCACUGUGGAAAGAGUAUUGAACUAGGUCCCAGGAGACCUAUAUUCUAGUCUCAGCUCUGCCCCCAACUAGCUGUGUGGCCUUGGGCAGCUCACUUAAUCUCUCUGAGCCUCCGUCUCCUCAUCUAUAAAAUGGGGAUAAUAAGAGCUGUUCUGCCUACCUCACAGGGCUGUUGUGAGGAUCAGAAGAGAUCGGGUAUGUGAAAGUGCUCUGAAGACUCUCAAGCACUUACCUGAACAUGAAAUAUUAGAAAGAGAGGAACACAUUUGGCUUAUGAAAUGCUUGUACACUGUAGCUUCAGGAAUGCCCAGGUGGUGUGCAGCUUCAUCCAUUCUGAAGUCCACCACCAUCUUUGCUGUACUAUCAAUAAAAACCAUAGUAAAAUCCAAUAGAUCUACAUACAGCCAGUGACAGGCAUAUGGUAAAAUCCCUACCUGUUUCCAACACCUGUGUAUAGGAGUAAGAUAUGUCACUGGCAGAAAUAGCAAGGAACUUCUCGAAGAGAGGGCAGUAGUAAUAGAUCCCGUGGUUCUGAAUCCAAGAGGUUAGAUGUCAUUAACAAAGAUCCAUGGGAGAUCAAGAAUAGAGGUAAUGAUGGCAUUCUUGUCCUCAUGGCUUCACCUUUGAGAGAACUUGACUUUGCAUACUACUGUAUGACAUUCAGGCUGUUUAUGUGAACUUGGAAAAACUGGUCUCUACUUUUUUGAAGGAUAACUAGAAUUCUAUUUAUGUUUACAAUAUAACCUUUUUAAACGACCAAUCAGGAUUACAUAGAAAUUCCAGUACUGAGGUUGUUAAAAUUGCUAUAGCAAAGGUAGAAAAUUACAUUGAAAAAGAGCACAAUAUGCACAAAGCAUUUUUUUUCAAAAUAAGAAUAUUUUCCUGGGCAUUAAAAAAAAACCUUUACUAUCAACUGCAAAUUGUUGUUACUGGCAAAAAAACAAACAAACAUAUUUUCUGGACUUAUUACAGAUAUCUUAAUUUUCAGCAAUCAUUUUGCACUUUCACGUAGAAUGUAAAUAAAAGUGUUUAUUCAAUUAAAGUUAUAAAGUAUUUAUUUGCUACAGAACCAGUAUUGUGCCAAAAUCAUUACUUUUUUAUUUAUUUUAUUUAGCAUGUAACUGGAGUACAGGUUUUUAUUUCAUUUUUGUAAUUUGGCAGCAUUUAAUGUGCAGGAAUCAUGUCAUGUGUGUAUCUUCUGUAAAUAGCAUCCGGCAUCUUCAUUAAAUAGAAA